AUGACGUCUCUGGAGGUGGACGAGACGGAGCUGCUGAAGAUGUACAAGCUGGACACGCUCAAUCCGACACAAUGGACAGAUGCUGAAGAUGUAGAAGGUGGAGCAGCCGGGCCUUCGUCAGCCGGAAUCCUGCCCGAUGAGCCCGAUGCGCUGGGUCUUCGACAAGGUCUACAGUCCGUCACCCGUAACUUGCCCAAAGAUACCCGAUCGCAGAUCUUGCUAUCGUCCAAAGCUUUUGAUCCAAAGCUUUAUCUCUCCACACUGCACCCAGAUGCUACCUUUGCCGAUCUGAGCAGGGCUGUGCAGCAUCUGGAGGACUCGAUCGCGCAGAGGAGCGAAGCGCUGAAAGUACUGGUACAGGACAAUUUUGAUAGGUUCGUCGCUGUCAAGGCGACCACCGAUGGCGUGUACAGGGAAAUGAAAGAUGGCAGUGGCGGACCACUGAGACCAGAUGCAGACUAUGGAGUCAAGGAGUUGAAGGACAUCUUGGCUCAAGCAAGCGCCAAGGCGGAUCAAGUCUUUAUGCCAGUGCUGGAGAACAACUUGAAAGCUGCAAAGCUGAGAUCGACGUUGGGCGUGUUUGAAAGGAGCAGGUUCUUCUUCAACCUGCCUGGAUCAUUAGGAGAAGCCAUUGCGCAGGAAAGGUACGAUGUGGCGCUCAGGGAUUACAAGAAAGGCAAAUACAUGCUGGACAGUCGACCUGGACAAUUGUUGGCUUUCAACACUGCUGAUGGAUCAGCCGGCAACUCGAAGCAGCAAGCGCAGCAGAAGAGAGUGUUCAAGAAGGUGUGGGAUGCCGUAGAGGCCACCAUGAUGGACAUGCAGGAACAGCUCUUUGCGCUUCUGAGGGAGCCCAAACGCGGCGUAGAGGAGCAAGAGCAGACCAUCGAGGUUUUGCUCGAGCUGGAUUCGAGAGAGGAUCCUGUUUCCGUCUUCUUAGAAUCCCAGCAUGAGCAUAUUCGCACUCUGAUGCGGGCUGCAUACGACACGCACGCAGCUAGAAUCCAGGGUACGUCAACGGCGGCCGUCAACAGUCUCACCUCCAAAGGACCAAAAGAUCAGGCUAAAGAUGUACUCGCAUGCAUCCGAGAGCUUACAAAGCAAGAGCAGAGCUACGAUCGGAACCUGGGAGCUGCUGGCUGGAAGGCGAUCCAUGAGCUAAUCAAAAACCUCUCGGAGACGUUGGCGCAGACGCUGCCCAGCUUCUGGCGCGUCUGUCAGAAGCAGCUCGAUGGCAAGUUGAAAAGCAGAGUGAGCGCACCUGCAACUCCACAAUCUCGGUCUUGGGCAACGGAGAGCGUCGAAAACUACGUGUCGCUACUGUCACAAUUUUUCAACCUCACGGAUGUGGGCGUUCUGGCUCGCAAUCCGCUUUCUCCCGUUCCUGAAUGGGUGCCGUCCAGGACGUGCAGCGUCACGGCAGCUCACUACAUGAGGUUGACGCUCAGCGAUCUCGCAGAUGCGGUCAAUGAGCUCGCUGCUCUCAACGUGGGCUCGACACCUUCGAGUCUCAAGAGCUUGCUCAACAACACGCGCUUCGCAUUCACCGAGGUGCUGUGCAACUUGUGGCAAAGUGACGCGAAAGUAUUCUACAUGCUCGAAGAUUGGACUUUGAAUCCAGAUGAGGAAGCGACCACUCUUUAUCUCAGAGAUCUCGCAACUUUUCACAAGUCCAAUGCUCGUUCUGCCUAUUUCAUCGCUGGUGGCAAAGAAGGUUCUGAGCCCACAACUUCCAAGUCGUCACAGCAUACUGUGCACUCGGACUUCUCUGCCCGCAUCAAGGCUAGCUUUUUGGACGCGCUGUACGCCUUUUUGGAUGGGCUGGUUCACCUAGCGUUCUCGGAGUUCGAUCCGUUGGAUCCUUCGAUGACCACCAGUCACAAGGUGGUUGGGGAUUCGCGCAUUACAUUGGACGUGCAAGAAUUGGACACCCGGAUUCUGCUGAGCGUCACAAAUCUCACACACCUCAGCAAGACCAUCAUCCCGGCUCUGGCGAAACAAUUUCAAGAAGCCUUCCACGUCAAGAUGUCGGAGGAUCUGAAGACGAUCGAAGAGGUGGCGCAACAAUUAGAUGAGAUUCUCUUCACGGACUUUGUGAAGAGGAAAGGGGAUGCUAUUUCCGAAAUCUUUAGAAAGGGCAUCUUGGAGAGCGGAAUCAAUUGGCAGGCCAUUCCGAAACCUUCCGAGGUGCAUCCUUUCAUCUACGAAGCGCUCCUGUCAUUGGUGCAAGUGCACGCUCAGGUCAGAUCUAUCGCCAAGCCGCUCGUCUCCCGCACCAUAUCUGCGCUGGUCAGCGAGCUCGUCAAAGUCAUCCUCGACGCAUUCAAUAAGAUCACGAGAUUCGGCAUGGGAGGGAUGCUGCAGGCCACGCUCGAAAUCGAGUUUCUCCAUCAAACGCUCUCGCAGUACAUCUCUUCCUCUACCGAAUCGACAUUGAAAGAGAUUUACGACACCAUCAGCCGAAAAUAUGUGCGCGAUACCGCAUCUGCGAGCGAAGCGGACGCGUUGCAGCGAGAGCUGGAAGGGGUCAAGAAGACGCUCGUGGCGAGCAGGAAAGCUACUGCGUUGGAGUUUCUGUGUUUCAGGAGGUGA